GGCGUUUUGAAGCGGGAAUCGCUAUGCCUUGCCUUUGUACUUUUAUUUUGAAAAAAGUAUACAGUGUCGAAACAACAUCGAUUUAAAUCAUGAUUUAACGCUAACUUUUGGAGUUCCACAGCACAACUUUUCCGGUUCCACACACUUGAAAUAGAGAAACCCAGGGCUGGUGGAAUGUAUAUUUGUUGAAGUUGUCUGGACAUAUCUCGGCGCUGCUGUUUUAAUUGGUUCGUGCAUUUUCGGUACAUAUGUGAUCAUUUUGACCGUGUUUUGAAUGAUUGACAUUGUCAUUGUUCGAAUUAUGAGGAGUUUGUGACCUGAAAAAAGAUAAGGAAGAAGCUAAUAAUUUCACUAGCUGACAGGUCAAAUUAGUAUUUGAGAGAGCUUUACAAUGUGGACGGAUAAACAAAGAGGAAUCAGAGUUUCUCAGGAGGAGCUGCUCUGCAAGAACUCCUGUGGCUAUUAUGGAAACCCUGCUUGGCAAGGCUUCUGCUCCAAGUGCUGGAGAGAGAAAGCACGUCCAGCUGAAGCACAGAGAGAAGACACAAGGCCAAGUAACGAAGGAACUCCUCCCACCUUCUACAAAUUUGAGGAGAAGAAAAAUACUGAGAAAGGCCGUCGAAUUACCACAAUGAGGAGACUCUUCUGGGGUAGCCCAUCGCCUCCAAAACGUCAAGAGUCUUCUGAAAGCCAUAUGAAUGCAUUAAAAGCCUACCAGAGCCUUGAGCCUGGGGACUUCACUGGUUUCCUAAAGAUACUUCGGAGCCCUCCCUCCCAACGCUUGCAUUCCCAGUGUUCAGCUUUUCUUAAGACAAUGGAGGCUUACCAUGACCUGCCAGUCCAGAAGCAGUCAGAUCUUGUGCAAGAUUUCUACCAGUCUUUUGCUGGACAUUUUAGUAGCUUUUCUGAGGCACAGGUUGCUCAGAUAAUGGAACAUGUAGAAAAGUUAAUAAUGACACGGCUGCACAAAUGGGUUUUCUGCCAUGACAGCUGUGAUGAUGAACAGAAGGACCUGGUUCUCCAGAAAAGGAUACGCUCCUUAAACUGGGUUACUCCACAGAUGCUGUGUGUACCUAUUCCUGGUAAUAAGAAGUUAGCUGUUACAAGUGACCCCUUCUUGCCUGCUAUAACAGCCAUAAUUGAAAUGGAUGCCAAACGUGCACCUCAAGACAAACUUGCAUGUGUGUUCAAAUGCAGUCAGCAUGUGUUUGAAGGGCUCUCCGCCUCAAACAGCGAGCCCGCUAACGCUGAUGAUUUCCUGUCGGGCCUGAUUUAUGUGGUGCUGAAGGCAAAUCCACCGCGCUUACACUCCAAUAUGCAGUAUGUGAUUCGGUUUGGUCUCCCUCACAGUCUGAUGGCUGGAGAGAGUGGCUACUAUUUCACAAAUUUGUCUUGUGCUGUGGCCUUCAUUGAAAAGCUGGAUGGACGAGCACUCAACCUCAGUCCAGAAGAGUUUGAGAGCUACAUGUUGCGUCAGCGUGCUCCCUCUAUAGGAAACAAGAGGUCACAGGUUGCCAGUGACACACAACAACUGUUAGAAGAGCUAAAAGGCAGACAAGAGAAGCUGGACCAAGGGAUGGAUACUCUCAACACGCAGCUACAAAAGUGGGUGCAAGCUGUUCAGUCACAAGUGGAUGAGGCAACAGCACAGUUUUCUCUGGUACAGAAGGAGAUAGCCACUCAGGCUGAGCUGUCACAGGCUUAUUCAGCCUCAUCUCAUGAUGCAUCACCACAAGGGGAUGACAAAGACCAGUCUGUUCUGGUGCUAACAGGUCAACAUGUAGGUCCACAAGAUACAGACUGUUAGCUAUACUCAUAAAAACACCUAAUCUGGUACUUGACUAUUUUUAAUCAUCAUCACUAACUUAUGCAAGUUGCAAAAAGAAGCACAGGUUUACAUUUAGUUUGCAGUUUAUUUGCUACACCAAGCUAAAAUUAGUGCCAUCUAAUACAGUCCUAUAAGAAAUCCUGCCCGUGGUCAUUUUGGAGGCUGUAGUUUGUGCUACUGCUGAACUGUAUUGCAUUAUACAGAGAGGAGUUUCUGUUCUGUUAGCCUAGCCUUACUGAUAUGGAUCGGGGGUGGACAGUAAUAGA